CAGUCAGUGCGGUUACGAUUCCUGGGCGCGGGGUACGCCGGGAGUUGUAGUCCCCGUGGACACAGUCUCCGGAAGUGGAGGCGUGAGAGGCGGGGCGGAGCCGGCUUGGAGGGUCGCGGCUCCCGGCUGGCGUUGGGGCGCUGCUCCGAGGCCCGGUCAUGAACGGGCCGGCGGACAGCGAAGUGGAUUACAAGAAGAAAUACCGGAACCUGAAGCGGAAGCUCAAGUUCCUCAUCUACGAACACGAGUGCUUCCAGGAGGAACUGAGGAAGGCACAGAGGAAAUUGCUGAAGGUGUCCCGGGACAAGAGUUUCCUCCUAGAUCGACUUCUGCAGUACGAGAACGUGGAUGAAGACUCUUCUGACUCAGAUGCCACUGCAUCUUCCGAUAACAGUGAGACAGAGGGCACACCCAAGUUGUCGGACACACCAGCCCCCAAGAGGAAGAGAAGCCCACCACUGGGGGGCGCCCCCUCCCCCUCCAGCCUCUCCCUGCCUCCUUCCACAGGGUUUCCCCUUCAGGCCUCUGGGGCCCCCUCCCCAUACCUGAGCUCGCUGGCUUCCCCCACCUACCCCCCAUUCCCUUCUGACUACCUGGCCCUGCAGCUGCCCGAGCCCAGCCCCCUGAGGCCCAAGCGGGAGAAACGGCCCCGCCUGCCCCGGAAACUCAAGAUGGCGGUGGGACCCCCCGACUGCCCUGUGGGGGGGCCGCUGACCUUCCCCGGCCGGGCUUCUGGGGCCGGGGUGGGGGCCGCCCUGGCCCCCCUGCCCCCCCCCAAGAUGCCCCCACCCACGAUCCUGAGCGCAGUCCCUCGGCAGAUGUUCAGCGAUGCCGGCAGCGGGGACGAUGCCCUGGACGGGGACGACGACCUGGUGAUUGACAUCCCGGAGUGACGCCCUCUGCCCAGCGCACGAGCCCCCAGCUUCCGCAGAAACGUUUAUUGAUGCCCAGUUGCCAUGCUGUGGCCACUGACACAGUCAGAAAAGGAGUAAACAUGCACAAAUGUCCCCUGGGAGGUGGACCCCUGACCAGGGAGGGCAGGGACCUACCCUCAUGUCCCGGGCCCAGCCAGGGGACAGUUACGUGAGUGCGUGGCGGGGGCAUCACCUCAGAGGCAGAGACCCUGCAGUCUGGGCCCCCCGCCCCCAAAUCCCACCUCCGCCAUUCAAAAGGGCAGCUGACCAGGGCUAGGUGGUGUGGUGUUUUUGAACUGAAGAUUCUGUAUUAAAGGAGUGAGUGGCUC